UGUUCUGCGUGCGGCUGCCCCUCCAAUCUCCUCCUCCUCUUUCCCUCUUCCCCCGUGGGGAGUGUUCGUGUGCGUCACUCCUCCCGCUUCCUUCCCCCACACACUCAGAUCCGCGGCCGUCUUCCGAUCCCCGCUCCUCGCGCGGCGAGGGGCAUUCCAGCCCUAAGCACGCUCCCGCCCGCCCAACGGGACCACCACAAGGGAAUUUUUUUCUUCUCUUGUGGCCGUCUUCCUCCUCGCCCCUCUGGCGAACCGGCGCGGAGUGAAGGUCCGUCCGUGCCUGGAUUGGUUUCUUCAUUGUUGUGGUAAGAGGCACCUGGUUUAUUCUUGCUGAAGCUGGUGGUACAUGUGAUUCUGUGAAUAGCAGGCCUCUCUUCUGUCUCAGCUUUUGCUUCUAAGCAAUGGCCAAUGUAAGCAAGCACUUGCAACCUUCAAGCGCAGCAGGAAAUGACAGGAAGUACCAGGGCACAUUGGUUGCUUCUCCAGCAAAAGCCAUUUCACCCAAGCGUGUGAAUCGCAUCGUGCCAUCUAGGCAGCUGAUAUUGGGUGCGGAUUCACUAGGUCAUGCGGCAUCAUUUCUGCUUAAGGUUGUUGUUCUUGAGGCAGUAAGAAGAGUUUCCAAAGCAAGGUGCCCUUUCAUAUGGAAUUCUGUCCAAGCAUUGCAAAUUCUUGUGUACCCUCCAUUUAGCUGGAUUCAACGGUGGGCACCACUCAGAUUUAUUGUGCAAGGAAUACAGAAACUAUCCACGCCACUGUUGUUUCUGUCAGUCACAACAACAUUAAGUGAGCGGUCUUCUAAGCGUGAUGAUGAACCGGACAGCAAUACAGAACAUUCUGAGACACCGUCUGAAGCAAAUGAAUCGGCAUCAACUUCCAGCACAAGGGAUGUUGCUGAUGGCACAAAGGAAAUCGUGCAAGAGAAUUGGCUUGUGUUACUUUUCAGAGAACUUGAGAAGCAGGGCAUCACUUUGCCCGAGAGGUUCACAGAAGAUGAGUUGCGCAGAUUUUAUGUCGCAGCAAAUGGUGACUUUUCAAGUUUACUCUCUUCGGUUAAGAAGACAAUUCGUUGGAGGGAGACUUUUCACAUACUUACAUUGCAAGAACUUGAUAGGUGGUCUCACUUAGUCUUUUGGCAUGGAUUUGACACAAUGCUUCGGCCUUGUUUAGUAAUUCGUCUUGGACUUGCAUGUGCUAGUAUACCACCGCGUGAUAGACCUCGUUUCGGGCAAGCAGUAGUUUCUCAAAUUGACCACGGUGUUGUAAAUUUGACCAAUGAAGAAGAUCCAAGAAUUACCGUUUUGCUGGAUUGCCAUGGGAUUUCUCCAUUCAGGUUUCCGAUGCAAAUGAUGAGGUCAUUUAUCACUGUAGUUCAAGAAAACUACCCAAAUCGUCUCGCGGUAUUGUUUGUUGUCCGCCUUCCUCCAGUUGUCAGAGUUAUUGCACAGACGUUUCUUCAAGUCCUGAAGCCGUCUACAAAGCAGAAGCUGCGUUUCGAGGGAGAUUCAUACAAGAAGACAUUGGCAGAGUUCCUGCAGGUUGUGCCCGCAUUUCUGGGCGGUAAAUGCAGGUGCCCGCGAUGUGAGAAGCCUCGUGAUAGUUCAGUAAUACAGGCAGGGGAAGGGAGCAAGAGCCAGCCUCGCCUAUUAAGUGUUGAUGACGGAUCAACUGUCACAGACUUCGACUUCGACGAAGCAGAGAUCACAUCACCUUACAGCUGCGAGAACGCCAUCAGGGCCGCAAUAAUCGGCCUGCUGAUGAUCUGCAUCUUCAUCGCGUUUCUGGCUGGGAUGAACGACCCAACAUCCGUCCCGUCCAGUGCCUGAGGUUCUGGAAUUGCCUGCUCUCCUGUAAUAGAGCUUAGAGAUUGUUAGGAUGUCAGUUGUGUGAUAGGGUAUAUAUACAUGUGUUGCUGCUAGAAUCCUAGGGGUCUUGUUUUUCUUGGCAGUUUCUGGCCGUUAUCUCCAGACCGGGCGUAUAGUGCUUUGGCUCCCGACUGUGACCGCAAAUGAAUAAUAUAUUAUGUGUGGCAAAUGUUGUUGGUUAACAUUUCAAAGCCCAA